GGAUUGCGCAUGCCUAGCCAGACGUGGCAGAAGCAGCAGCAGUAGCGGCGGCUUGUUCUUUCAGCACGAGCGGGAGCCGGAGCUGGUUAGCUGAUAGCCGCGGCUGGGCACAGCUUUUUGGGAGGAGAGGACUAAGUGCUUGGCAGGGAGAAUGCUGCUGUUUGCCCUCUUGACCAUCUUUCCAGCAUGCCUGUUAUCUGCAAAGAUGUCUCCACUGAUAGAAAAAAUUAGUGAUCAAAAGGACUUUAAGAAGCUCCUGAGGACGCGGAAUAACGUAUUGGUGCUAUACUCUAAAUCUUCGGUGGCUGCUGAAAGUUCGCUCAGGUUAUUAUCUGAUGUAGCCCAAGCGGUGAAAGGCCGAGGUACAAUAUCCUGGAUAGAUUGCGGUGACUCAGAGAGCCGAAAACUAUGCAAGAAGAUGAAAGCUGACCCUAGUUCGAAAGAGAAAGGGGUAGAAUUGUUGCAUUACAAGGAUGGAGCAUUUCACACUGAAUAUAGCAGAGCGCUCACAUCGAAGUCAAUGGUGGCCUUUCUAAAGGAUCCAGAAGGAGCUCCACUGUGGGAAGAGGAUCCUGACGCUAAAGAUAUUGUCCAUUUGGACAGCGAAAAGGAACUUAAAAGGCUUCUGAAGAAGGAAGACAGGCCAUUGCUGCUGAUGUUCUAUGCUCCUUGGUGUGGUGUCUGCAAAAGAAUGAUGCCAUCAUUCCAGCAAGCAUCCACAGAACUGAAGGGCAUGUAUGUAUUUGCAGGGAUGAAUGUCUACUCAGCCGAAUUUGAGAAAAUAAAGGAAGAAUACAAUGUCAGGGGAUAUCCAACCAUCUGCUACUUUGAAAAAGGGAAAUUCCUAUUCAACUUUGAGAACUAUGGUGCUACAGCAAAGGAGAUAGCAGAAUGGCUAAAAGAUCCUGAGCCACCUAAACCACAGACUCCAGAGACUCCCUGGUCAGAAGAGGAUAAUGCUGUCUAUCACCUAACAGAUGAGGACUUCGACAAGUUUAUCAAGGAGCAUCCUUCGGUAUUAGUGAUGUUCUAUGCACCAUGGUGUGGGCACUGUAAGAAAAUGAAACCAGAAUAUGAGGAGGCCGCUGAGAUGCUUCAUACAGACAGUGAUAAACCAGGUGUCCUGGCAGCAGUAGAUGCCACUGUCAGCAAAGCUGUAGCAGAAAGAUUUCACAUAUCAGGAUUUCCAACACUCAAGUACUUCCAGGAUGGAGAGGAGAAAUACACAUUGCCACACCUCCGAACAAAAAGUAAAAUUGUUGAAUGGCUCCAAAACCCUCAGGCACCGCCUCCACCUGAACCAACGUGGGAAGAAAGGCAAACAAAUGUCAUCCACCUUGCAGGCGAAGACUUCAGGGAAUCUUUGAAGAAAAAGAAACAUGCCCUCGUCAUGUUCUAUGCCCCCUGGUGCCCACACUGUAAAAACUCCAUCCCACAUUUCACAAGUGCUGCGGAGCUCUUUAAAGAAGACCGAAAGAUUGCCUAUGCUGCAGUGGACUGUGCCAAAGAACAGAACCAUGAUCUGUGUAAGCAGGAAGGUGUGGAUGGUUACCCGACCUUUAACUACUACAACUAUGGGAAAUUUAUAGAAAAAUAUAAUGGAGACAGAGGGGAAUCUGGAUUUUCCAAUUUCAUGCGAACACUCAGAGAACGAGACCAUGAAAAGAUAGGGAAGAGGAAGGAUGAGUUGUAACUUCUGCCUCAAAACAAACUAUUUCCACUGCACUGUGAAUGGUCUCAGGGCCACUGAUACAAUGCCUGAGAUUUCACAUCUUUUAAAAAUAGAGACUUUUUAAAAAUAGCCAUUUCCAUUUUGUACACCUUUGAAAUAAAGUGGAAUCAUACAAUUUUUAAAAGACAAAUCAGUGACCAUUGUUGCCAUAUUCUGUUACGGAAAACAAAGGAAUAAUUCUUUUCACCAUUUGAUGCACCUAUGCCCAUUGAUACUCCUAUGCAAUCUUUUUGUAAUCUGUAGGUUUGGUAGUGAGUUCCUUUGAGAAGGUAAUUUCUGCAUUUUUAAUUUUUUAAGAAUAUUAUUAUAUGUGAAAUGGCUUUUUAAAAUUGGGUGGGUGGGGGGAGAUCAUGCGGUGACUUAAAGGAAGACAUAAAGGACACCAUCCAGCAGGAGCAAGUUUCCUCAAAAUUAGUGAAAAUUGUGACAAAGAGCAUUGUAGUCCCAGUGGAUUCUGCCCGAAGCCACCUCUUGUACCAUAGGGCGUGAGUGUACAGCACUUCUUCCAGGAGCCAGGUAUGCUUGUGAAAUGCACUUCUGAUCCUUGUAGCCCAUGUGCAGGGGCAGCUAUUAGGCUGUGCUGCUCCACCCUCCCACACUGCAUGGGCUGAUGGAACAUCUGCAGGAGCAGGGAAGGGUGCACAGUCUGAUUUGCAGAUUGGUUGCUACGAUCACACAGGCAUCCUGGAGGGAUGGGGAUAGGGCUGGGGCUGGCACGAAGCACCCUUGGGCAGAUGCUCAAGGCACAUCAUUGGGAAGGGCACUGUUGAUGCUUGCCUUGGCUCCCUGGGGAAGGAUUGGGCCCAGCCAGCAGCUGGCCUGGCCCCCUCCUCUUAUCAUGGUGGUAGAUGCAGAUUUGUUUCAUUCCUGGCAUGGCAGCAACAGUGUUCUAACUAGUGGCUGUUAACCACCAUGUCUCUCCCCCUCCCCAAUGUUCCAUAUUGUUGUGUGAUACUACGUAGCGCAUGGCGGGGGGGAGGGGGUGCGGGAUGGCAGGCCCACUGAGAUUUUGAGCCAGCCCUGGAUAGGGGCUUUCCUUUUCUCCAGAAGAGUGCAAAGGCUCCUAGUUCUGCUUGGCAGUGCCAAACUGGGAGGGUGACUAGAUAUGCCCUUACAGUCAUGCAAAAAGUUACUUUUUCUUCCUAGAGAGAUUUGGGGACUUCUAUUUAAGGUGCUCAGGGAUAAUAGGGAAAUAAUGAAGAAGCAUUGGCCAUUUCAGGUCUUAACUGACUAUAGUGAUGUCUUUUUUCUUUUAAAUCUGCCGUACCUGAACUGUUUACAUAUCUUUAUAGAAUGUAUGGGUUAUUUCAAACAAAUGUCUCUGUGACCGGCACAUGUCAUGCACCAAAUGAGUCUCUGUGUACGUGUUCGCAUCCAUGUUGUCAAAUGCUCCUGUAAGCCUUGGGGUAUAGUGCAGGUAUACAGUCUUACUUCUUAAUUUAUGAUCUGACCAUAUGAACUGCGUAUUUGCUAAGCAUUCCGUUUGAUUGUAAGUUUGACAGAGGCAUUGAUAUUUUUGAUAUGAAGAAACAUCAUGCAACAAUACUUGUUUACGUUCCAAAGGCUUGUCUGUGUGUGUGAAAUGCAGGAAAAAAGUAUAAUUUUUUAGAAAUCUAUAGAAGCAGGUCAUGCUUUUUCAAACUAUUUGUUUAGCUGGUCAGUGGUGUAAGACAAUACAGCAUUCCUAGAACUAGCUUUUACAAGUGCAUAAUUGUGUGCUGAUUCUGUGAGGUGAGGGUGAUUUAGACAUUGUGUCUUCACAAGGGUUUUUUGUGAUUUCCAAUUUGAUCAAAAAUAAUAAACAAUUGAAAAUAUGCUUUAA